UAAGAGUAAACACUCACAUGCGUGUCUAUCAACUUUCCUGCACCACCAACGAUGGGGAAAAGAAGGCAAAAUAAUGAACUCUUCAAGAGUUUGUCCAAGAAGCAUAAAAAACAUCUGAAAGAAUUUGGAGAGGAACAUCCAUUCCAUGACAUUGUCACCGAAAAACCAGAGAAAACCCAAAUAAUGGAUCUGCCAGACAGCCCAGAGCAAGCCAGCGAUCCUGAAAGUGAUGAGGAUGAUGAACCCGAGCAAAGAUCUGCCUAUCACAAAUUGCUGUCAACCCUUUGCCCUUCUGCCAACAAGGAUGAAAGUGAGGAUGAGGAGAGUGAGGAUGAUGAAGAGGAGGAUGAUGAGCAACUUAGUGAAGGAGAGAGUGAUGGAGAGAGUGAGCUAAAUGCUGAGGAUGAGGAACAUCAGGACAGAGAUGCUGAUCUGAAUGUAGCAUCAGGUGAGGCAGACAGCGAAGAAGAGGAGGGGCAGAAUGGUGAUGGUCAGGCAGCUGAAGGGGAGGGAACAACGGCAGGAGACGAGUUCACAGACAAGGCGCACGAAACCCAGUUUUGUCUGGAGACUAACUUCUCAGGGGAGGGAGAGCAAGAGAGCCCUGCUGAGCAGGAGAGCAUUACCAAGCAGCAACAUGAAGACAAUUUUAUGCAGCAUUUCUACACAGAGCUCAGUGAGGAGGAUGUGAAGAAAAUAACUUUAGGUACCAAGACCAAGAUUCAGAUUAAGUGGCCAAGAUUGGGCACCCUCUUGUGUUCUACACCACACAAUACGUUUGGCCCUAUUGGCCAAGACAGAUGUGAAAUCCCCCUGGCCCUUCACAAAGUCCUGGAGCCCAACUGGAGAUUACUAAACCAGGCAUCCAACCCCGAGGGGGCGCCAGAGGAGGUGAGCGCACUUCAACUGGAACUGCUUACCCUCAUGGAUUCCUACAGGGAUGUUUACUUUCCAGAGAGUUCUCCACUGAGCGAAGGUCGACAAGUACAGAGUGCCUACUGCCUUCAUGCCCUCAACCAUGUGCUGAAGGCAAACUCCCGCGUCCUUGCUCACAAUGCCCAGUUAAGGGAGCGCCAAACAAAGACGACACCUGGGGCAGAACCCCAGGAUGAGCCCAGGGAUCAGGGCCUGACUCGGCCCAAGGUUCUGAUCCUGGUUCCUUUCCGGGACUCAGCAUUGAGGGUGGUCCAGACUCUCAUCAGCCUCCUGGAGACCAAGGGGAAGAAGAUGGACGUCAGCAACAAGAAGAGGUUUAAGGAUGAGUUUGGAGAGGAGCCAGGGGACACCCCCCCCAACCUUGUCCGUCCGGACGAUUAUCACGCCAUCUUCUCGGGGAACGUGGACGACCACUUCAAGAUAGGCGUUUCAAUCCUUAGGAGAAGCAUACGGCUCUACGCUCCCUUCUACUCUUCCGACAUCAUCAUCGCCUCGCCACUGGGCCUACGCACCGUUCUGGGGGCAGAGGGCGAGUCCAAGCGAGACUUUGACUUCCUGUCCUCCAUUGAGCUGCUGGUGGUGGACCAGGCCGACAUCUUCCUCAUGCAGAAUUGGGAGCACCUGUUGCAUGUGUUGAAGCACCUGAACCUGCAGCCUUCAGACUCCCAUGGGGUGGACUUCUCCCGUGUGCGGAUGUCCAACCUGAACAAUUGGGCCAAGUACUACCGCCAGACACUGGUGUUCAGCACCAUCCAGGACCCACAGAUCAACAACAUUCUCACAAAGCACUGCUUCAACUACCAUGGCCAGAUUGCCAUCAAGAAUGUUCCCAGAACGGGCUCGAUAUGCCAGGUCCUGCUCCAACUCCCUCAUGUGUUCCAGGUGAUCCCUGCGGACAGCUUCAUGGAUCAGGAUGCAAGGUUUCAGUUCUUUGUGGACAAGGUCUUCCCACAGUUCAGGGAUUCGGUCAUGUCCCACACCCUGAUCUACGUCCCAUCCUACUUCGACUAUGUCCGACUGCGCAAUUACAUGAAGAAGGAGGAGGUUAACUUUUCUAGCAUCUGCGAGUACUCCACCAAGUCAGAGGUGUCCCGAGCCAGGCACUUCUUCCAGAAGGGAGAGAAGCAGUUCCUCCUCUUCACUGAACGUUUCCACUUCUACAAGAGAUACACCAUCAAGGGAAUCCAGCACCUGAUUUACUAUGGGCUGCCAACUUACCCACACUUCUACAGUGAGGUGUGUAACAUGCUGCAAGCGGGGGGGGGAGGAGAGGAGGCCAGCUGGACAUGCACAGCUCUGUACUCCCGCUACGACGCCCAGCGCCUUGCCGCCAUUACAGGGGCUCAGAGGGCCGCUCAGAUGUUGCAGUCCCAGAAGGCUGUUCACCUUUUUAUCACUGGAGAGGAGGACAAAGUCUCGUGACGUCUUUGAGAUGGGGAGGGACAUGAGGCGGUGGGACUGAGAUAAUAGUGAAAAAUACUGUUUUCAUAUUUAAUAAACUGUAAAUGGUAUUGAUCCAUAUCUGUUAGGCCCAGAUUCUGUUUUGAUAUUGGUAAUCCAUGUCCUAAAUUCACUGUUUUAAGGUUGUUUAAUGUUAUGUCUUUCUCCUGUUCGAUUUCUGCUUUGUCACAAAACCAUUGUUCAUAAAAAAUAUAAACAUG